UCCCUUCUCGUAUUUUUAAAACCCUUCGUUCCGCUAAAAUUAGGGUUUCUCUGACCUGCGAGAUAGAAGUGAAGGCUUUUCUCAGAUCGAGCCUCCAGCGGCAGUGAGUGAGAUCAGUCAAGAUGUAUACAGCAAGGAGGAAGAUCCAGAAGGACAAGGAGGCUGAACCUUCUGAGUUUGAGGAGUCAGUUGCACAGUCACUGUUUGAUUUGGAGAAUACCAACCAGGAGCUUAAAAGUGAUCUCAAGGAUCUUUACAUCAAUUCUGCAGUCCAAAUUGAUGUUUCUGGCAACCGGAAAGCUGUUGUUGUCCAUGUUCCCUACCGACUGAGAAAAGCUUUCCGCAAAAUUCAUGUUAGACUUGUAAGGGAACUGGAGAAGAAAUUCAGUGGAAAGGACGUAAUCCUCAUUGCAACCAGAAGGAUAUUGAGGCCACCGAAGAAAGGCUCUGCUGUGCAACGGCCUCGUAGCCGCACACUCACCGCUGUGCAUGAUGCCAUGUUGGAGGAUAUCGUGUAUCCUGCUGAGAUUGUGGGGAAGCGGAUUAGAUACCGCAUUGAUGGUUCCAAAAUUAUGAAGAUUUUGCUUGACCCCAAGGAACGGAACAACACAGAAUACAAGCUUGAGACUUUUACAGCAGUUUACAGGAAGCUUUCAGGAAAGGAUGUCGUGUUCGAGUAUCCCAUAACAGAGGCGUAGAGAUGUUACUAUGUUUCCAUUGAGUUUUUUUCAUAAUUUUGAUGUUGGGUACUAUUUAAAUUUUGACUACUUGGGUAGCAUUUGCUGAGGUUCUAUUUGGAGGUGCAAAGUUGAAUGGUUUGGUUGUAGGACUCCAGAUUCCAGAUUUAUUGAAUCUUUUUAAUUUCGUGAAUUUAUCUGACAUGCGGGCAUUUCACUUA